UUCCACCAUCUACUCUGCUUCCCCUGUCUUCGUCCUCUCUCCAAUUAUCUCUCUCCUAAUAUCUCUCUAUCCUUUUCCCUGAGAUCUAGAGAGAGUAAGGGGAGGGUAAGCAAUUUUCCAGUACAGCUGCAAUGGUGAUCCGGAAGAAUUUCUCGUAUGUAAUCAUGUCCGGUCUCCUGGUUCUGUUCUUCCUCGCCGGUACUUUUGCCAGAGUAAACACCAAUGGAGGUUUCCAGUUGAGGAACGAGGAGAAAGCGGCAUUGGAAAGCUCGAACCAGACAGCCGCGGCGGCAAGGUCGGUGGAGGUUGAAGAGGCUUUGAGCAAACAUGCCGUUGAUGAUCCUGAAGAAGUUGCAUCCAUGGUUGUAGAGGGCAUCCGGAAUACUACAGAGAGGCGAAAGCUGGGAUACUUCUCGUGUGGGACCGGGAAUCCAAUUGAUGACUGCUGGCGAUGCGACCCGAAUUGGCACAUGAACCGCAAGCGUCUCGCGGACUGUGGAAUCGGGUUCGGGCGCAACGCAAUCGGCGGGCGUGACGGUAAAUUCUACGUCGUCACGGACCCGAACGAUGACGACCCGGUGAACCCUAGACCCGGCACCCUCCGCCAUGCGGUCAUCCAGGACGAACCUCUCUGGAUCAUCUUCAAGCGGGACAUGGUUAUCCAGCUGAAACAGGAGCUGAUUAUGAACAGCUUCAAGACCAUCGACGGCCGAGGGACGAACGUCCACAUCGCUAACGGAGCGUGCAUUACCAUACAGUUUAUCACUAAUGUGAUCAUUCAUGGUUUGCACGUUCAUGACUGUAAGCAGACGGGGAAUGCCAUGGUCAGGAGCUCUCCGUCUCAUUUCGGGUGGAGGACGAUGGCGGAUGGCGAUGGAAUUUCCAUUUUCGGGUCGAGCCAUGUUUGGAUUGAUCAUAACUCGCUGUCUAACUGUGCUGAUGGCCUGGUUGAUGCUGUCAUGGGCUCUACUGCGCUAACCAUUUCCAACAACCAUUUUGCCCACCAUAAUGAGGUGAUGUUGUUGGGUCACAGUGACUCUUACAUAAGAGACAAGCAAAUGCAAGUCACAAUUGCCUUUAACCACUUUGGAGAGGGUCUCAUCCAGAGAAUGCCUAGGUGUAGACAUGGGUACUUUCAUGUGGUGAACAAUGACUAUACACACUGGGAAAUGUAUGCCAUUGGUGGAAGCGCUAACCCAACCAUCAACAGUCAAGGCAACCGCUACCUUGCCCCAUUCAACCCAUUUGCCAAAGAGGUGACAAAGAGGGUUGAGCCAUAUGAAAAUGAUUGGGAACAUUGGAAUUGGAGAUCAGAGGGGGACUUGAUGCUCAAUGGGGCCUACUUCACUGCGUCCGGGGCAGGCGCUUCUGCCAGCUAUGCAAGAGCUUCAAGCUUAGGUGCCAAGUCAGCUUCUAUGGUCGGCAGUAUUACUUCCAAUGCUGGCCCUCUUGCUUGCCGCAAGAGCAGAACAUGCUAGCAUCCUGAAGUUGAGCUAUUUAUCACUCAAUUGUACCACUACCACAGACACACAAAAAAAAACAAAAAAAUGGGGAGAAAAAUAUUGGCAAAAGUGUACAAUUUUAGCACAACAAUUCAUCCCGAGGUCUCAAAACGCUGUGCAACCUCGGCCUGUAACUUCUACCCGAAUGAAAGCUAAAUAGCUAGUGUUGUUUGCAGAUGCAGGCGCGAAAGCGUUGGUAAUUUAUAAAUAUAUAUUUGCAAACACCAUUUCUCACUUAUUAUACACUUCUUUCUAAUGUAUGUAUUCUCCUAUGUAAGCAACAACAGUCUUUGGUCAUACGUGUAGUGCUUGUCCUUGAUUAUGUGGGAACUGGGAACUAGAUAAUUUUGGAACUUGUUUUUUCUUUGUUUUGUUUGUAAUGAUAUGAUAUACUUAAUUUUGCAUUAAUGUAAUCAUGGUUUCAAUUUGAUUCCAAACAUGAGAAAUCGACAAUCAUCUUUCACAACCCUCAUUAAA